AUGUCUGAAUUGGAUAGGAGUGGGGGAUAUGAUGAUCAACGCAGCAGGUCGAGAUCACCCGUUCAUCGUCAUGUAAGUGAUGAGCGAUCAUAUGGUGGAAACCAAAGAGAGUACGGCUAUUCCCGUUCAAGGGGUGGAUAUGGUGGAAGAUAUGAAGGAAGACGGUCAGACUUCGGUAGAGGUGAUUUCACUUCUGGACGUGGACGUGGUCGCGGUCGUGGUGGUUUCCGUGAUGAUGGAAGAAGGGGACGUUUUAGAGCGGCUAGAGGUGACUAUGGACCAGUUUUGGCGAGAGAACUCGAUAGUACGUACGACGAAAAAGUUAAUAGGAACUAUGGCAAUAGUAUUUUCGUUGGAAAUUUGACUUAUGACUGUACUCCAGAGGAUUUGAAGGACCAUUUUUCAGAAAUAGGUGAAGUUGUUCGCGCGGAUAUUAUCACCUCCAGAGGUCACCACAGAGGCAUGGGUACGGUUGAAUACACCAACUCAGAAGAUGUCGAUGAAGCGAUUCGUAAGUUUGAUGCUUCGUAUUUCAUGGACCGUCAAGUUUUUGUCAGACAGGACAAUCCACCACCUGAAAGUUCGCGUGAAAGACUUCCGGUUAGACAACGAAGCGGGCGCGCAGCUAGACAACCGUAUCCGGAUCAGCAUCAGCAACCGCAGGCUACCUUUGAAGUUUUCGUCGCUAAUCUCCCAUAUUCCAUCAAUUGGCAAGCUUUGAAAGACAUGUUCAAAGAGUGUGGAAGAGUGAUCCGUGCAGACGUUGAAAUGGAUCGAAAUGGUUAUUCUAGAGGUUUUGGGACUGUCAUAUACGGAACAUUAGAAGAAAUGGAAGAGGCUAUUCAAAGAUACAACGGCUAUGAACUUGAGGGAAGACCACUAGAUGUUAGACAAGGCCGUAACAUUGCUGGAAAUGAAAGAAAAGAGCCUUUUGAAUCUUCAGAGGCUCCUGUAGAAACCGAGCCAGCAGCUGUCGAGUUCACUACAUCAACCGCACCACCAUCUGGUUCUGAAUUCACGAAAGGUGUCACUGGAAGUGGUGAAAGAAGUAGUCUUAUCUACUGUGCUAACCUGCCAUUCUCUACAGCCACAAGUGAUUUAUAUGACCUUUUCGAAACAAUUGGUAAAGUCAUCAAUGCAGAGUUAACGCUUAAUGCAGACGGUUCUCCUACGGGCAUUGCUGUCGUUGAGUAUGCCAACAUCGAAGAUGCGGAUGUGUGUAUUGAGAGAUUGAACAAUUAUAACUAUGGGGGAUGCGAUCUUGACAUAUCUUACGCCAAACGCAAUUAG